CAGGGAGGCUGGGCAGGAUCCUCCCCCAUUAUAUAACCUCCCUGAUGAUGAUGCUGCCACCGCCGGACCCUCCCCGUCCUCCGCCUCCUCCCCCCGGUGCUGUCACGCAGCUCUCCCCCGGAUCAGUGUGUCGCUGGCCGGGACCGGGGAUGGAGAAUCUCCUGGAGAACCCGGUGCGGGCCGUGCUGUACCUGCGGGAGCUGACCAGCAUCGUGCAGAACCAGCAGAGCCUCAUCCACACCCAGCGCCAGCGCAUCGACGAGCUGGAGCGGAGGCUGGACCAGCUGGGCAGCGAGAACCGGAGCCUGCGGGGCCACCCCCAGCCUGUGCUCGGCCAGCCGCAGCUCCUUCCCCAGCCUGUGCCCGGCCAGCCGCAGCUCCUUCCCCAGCCGGUGCCCGUGCAGCCCCUUCCCCAGCCGGUGCCCGUGCAGCCCCUUCCCCAGCCUCCGCCCGAGCAGCCGCAGCUCCAGCCGCAGACCCCCGUGCAGGGCCAGGGAGAGCCGGAGAGCCCUGCCCGUACCCAGAGCCAGCCACAGGGGCACCAGCACCCACCGGCCGUCCAGCACAGCGAGGAGCCGGAGUCCGGCCAGAGCCCUGCGCCCCGGAGCUCCCCGCAGAUCCAGCAGCACAAGCCGGCCACCCUCUGCAAAGCCAUCCUGGGGAGGAAGACAGAGAAUGAGACCGUUUUGCACCAGUUCUGCUGCCCUGUUGCUGAUGCAGAGCAGAAGCCGUCCCCACCCAGCGACGACUCCGCCAGUAAGAAGUUGCUGUGUACGGCAUGGGACGUCCGGGACAGCGAUAGUCAGAGGAGUAAUAACGCCAAACAGCCGGGAGAGGAGGAGUCACUGACCAAGGCCAGCCUGCACCAUACCACCUCUCCGGUGCGGGUCCAGCGAGGGAAGACUGCAGCCACCUGCUCUCACGGCACUAGCUCAGAAUAUGAGAUCUCCCUGGACCUCAAGAACAGACAGAUUGAGAUGCUGGAGCACAAGUACGGAGGUCACCUAGUUUCCCGGAGAGCAGCCUGCACCAUCCAAACAGCGUUCCGCCAGUACCAGCUCAGCAAGAACUUUGAAAAGAUCAGAGACUCGCUGCUGCAAAGCCGCCUCCCCCGGCGCAUCUCUCUGCGCAACGUGCGGGUACAUAACCCAGACAGCUUCCCUUCCGCUGAAAAGGCUCUGCUGGAGAGCUACAAUUUGGUGGGAAUCCCCUUGGUCAGGUCUCCUUCUCUCCCAGCCACCAUCAGUGGAGCGCUAACUGAGCUUGAAGACUCCUUCACUGAGCAGGUACAGUCUCUUGCCAAAUCUAUUGACGACGCUCUCAGCACUUGGAGCCUGAAGACCAUGUGUGCCUUCCCGGAAGCCGGCUCUUAUCAGAUCCGGGAGGCUUUUCUGCAGCAGAACCCAGAGCUGGAGCCACCUAAACUAGAAGAGGGAGUACAUGAGGACGGGCAACUCGGGACCCUGCCUAAGAGCAGCAGCACAUUGAUGAUGGCUUUCCGAGAUGUCACUGUUCAGAUAGACAAUAACAAUAUCUCAGUCUCCUCGUCCACCUCUCUCUCUAUGUCCAACUGUCUGGCUGGGACUCCAAACCCUAAACCCGUUGAAGAUAGGGCUGUUGGAGAAAUUACUUCCGAGCUUCCUUCUCAGGAGGGAUCGGCUCUUGAUGCUCACCUUGCACAGAACUCUUUCCCAGAGCUGAAUGGUGAUGGGCUAGGGAAGGAGUUAGUGGGGCCCGUUGCAACCGAAACAGAACCUGCAGACCUCUCGGAACAGAUGAGCAGCAGUAGCACAUCUACCUCUGCCAAGUCCGUGUCUGAGGUGUCUUCUAAGGAGGCGUUGCAAGCCAUGAUCCUCAGCCUUCCACGGUACUACUGCGAGAACCCGGCUAGCUGCCGCUCGCCUACCCUCUCCACUGAUACCAUGAGGAAGAGACUCUAUCGUAUCGGACUCAACCUGUUCAACGUUAAUCCUGACAAGGGCACCCAAUUCCUGAUCUCCCGAGGCUUUAUCCCAGAUACCCCCAUCGGGGUGGCUCAUUUCCUGCUGCAGAGGAAAGGACUGAGUCGGCAAAUGAUCGGAGAGUUUCUUGGGAACAGCAAGAAGCAAUUCAACCGGGAUGUUCUCGACUGUGUAGUGGACGAAAUGGAUUUCUCCAACAUGGAGCUGGACGAGGCUCUGCGCAAGUUCCAGGCGCACAUCCGCGUGCAGGGAGAGGCGCAGAAGGUGGAGCGUUUGAUUGAGGCCUUCAGCCAGCGCUACUGCAUGUGUAACCCGGAGAUCGUGCAGCAGUUCCACAACCCGGACACCAUCUUUAUCCUGGCCUUCGCCGUCAUCCUGCUCAACACCGACAUGUACAGUCCCAGCAUCAAGCCCGACCGCAAGAUGAUGCUGGAGGACUUCAUCCGCAACCUGCGAGGGGUGGACGACGGAGCGGACAUUCCCCGGGACAUGGUGGUUGGGAUCUAUGAGCGGAUCCAGCAGAAGGAACUUAAAUCGAACGAAGAUCACGUGACUUACGUCACAAAGGUGGAAAAGUCCAUCGUGGGCAUGAAAAGUGUGCUGUCGGUUCCUCACCGACGUCUGGUUUGCUGCAGCCGUCUCUUUGAGGUGACGGACGUGAAUAAGGUGCAGAAGCAAGCGGCUCACCAGCGAGAGGUCUUCCUGUUCAACGACCUUCUACUGAUACUAAAGCUUUGCCCGAAAAAGAAAACAUCGUCUACGUACACCUUCUGCCGGGCGGUGGCACUGCUGGGGAUGCAGUUCCAUCUGUUUGAGAACGAAUAUUAUCCUCACGGGAUCACCCUGGUCAGUCCGCUCUCAGGAUCGGAGAAGAAAUUAGUUUUGCAUUUCUGUGCCCUGGGCUCUGAGGAACUGCAGAAAUUCCUGGAGGACCUGAAAGAGUCCAUCUAUGAAGUAACAGAGAUGGAACAGAUUCGGAUUGAAUGGGAGCUGGAGAAGCAGCAUGGAGUGAAGAACUUCCCGGUGAAGACGAACGGGUCUCAGGUGGAUGCUCAGUCCAAGCAGGAGUCCCCCAUCGGUAAGCGCGAGUCACCAGCGAAGGACACCGACAGCGUGGUGGAGGUGUCAAUUCACAACAGGCUUCAGACGUCGCAGCACAGCGCCCCCCAGGGGCCAGAGAAUGGAGCUCCGGGCAGCACGGCUCCUAACGGGCAACGGGAGGCUCUGCAGGCUGCCCGCUCCGACCGGCUCCUGCAGUGUCAGCAGAUUGUCAAGGUGAUUGUGCUGGACACACCCGGCCGGGCACUGCCCGCCUUCGACCAGACUGUCACCCGCUACUUGUCUGGGUCCUGCUCCUCUACUCCCCUGCGCAGCGUGGGAGGAACGGUCCACCAGCCCCCGCUACCCCCACCGCCGCCUCCUUAUAACCACCCCCAUCAGUACUGCCCACCAGGGGUACUACUUAGAGAACGCAGGUAUUCCAGCGGCUCCCGCAGUCUGGUGUAGGCGCUGGGACUGUUUCCUGCCUUCCAGGACUAAUCCGCCUGCACACUUUGGCACACCUUGCACACUUCCCAGUCCCUGCACAUUGACCUUGCACACUAGAGCCUGUCCCGAGCCCAUUCACACUCAUCCUCGCACACUCACCCUCCCCGCACAUGCUAAAUAAACGUGAUGCAUCCUCAA